UAAAGAAUUUUUAAUUUAUUUUCUUUGCUUGGAAUUCAGGAAUAAUAAAAAAAAAUUCAUAACGAAAAGAUAAUAAUAAUAAUAUAAUUAAUUGAAAAUAAUGGGACGAAAAAAGAAAAAGCCAUCAAAACCAUGGUGUUGGUAUUGUAAUCGAGAAUUUGAUGAUGAAAAAAUAUUGAUUCAACAUCAAAAAGCUAAACAUUUUAAAUGUCAUACAUGUCAUAAAAAAUUAUAUACCGGGCCUGGUUUAGCUAUUCAUUGUAUGCAAGUACAUAAAGAAACAAUCGAUAAGAUUCCAAAUGCAUUGCCUAAUCGUAAUAAUGUUGAUAUCGAAAUUUAUGGUAUGGAAGGUAUACCUGAAGCUGAUCUUCGUCAACAUGAAAAAUCCAAAGGAAAUGGUGAAUAUGUAGCACCAGCUGAACCGAUAGUACCGCCUAGACCACCUAUAAUACCGAAAGUACCAAUACUUUCUGCACCAGUAACCGCUGGAACUAAUGUUCUUCCUAUGCCUAUGCCAACUGGUGCAGGUGCUUCUGGUGUACCUUAUCUACCACCCGGUAUGGUACCACCGGGUGUAAUGCCAUUCGCUGGUGCAGGUCAUCAUCCUCAUCAUCAUCCACAUCAAUUUCCUCAUCUAAUGCAUCCAGUCGGUAUGCCAACUCAUCCUCAUCAUCAUCCACCACCACCAUUGCCGCCAGGAUUUUCGCUUCCAGGAACUCAUCAUCAACCACCACCACCACCAGGUGUUCCACAUCAUCCAAUGAUGCAAAACCCAGUACAGCCACCACCACCAUCGAUACCUUCGACUACAAUUGCUUUGCCUGUUUUGUCACAGCAACCUCCGCCACCAAUUCCGACACAAUCAACGGUCGAAAUACCAAAACCAUUAUUUCCAUCGGUUUUGGUUACACAAUCACAAUCAUCUUCAACAUCGUCUGUUGCUUUAGGAACAGCUUCAACAACAUCUACGAUUGUCAAUAAAAUAGUCACAACAACAGCAACAAGUCGUAUUAUACAUCCGGAAGAAGAUCUAUCGCUGGAAGAAUUACGAGCUAAAAUGCCUCGUUAUAAACAUUUGAAUUUGGAACAAUAUUUUCCCUCAUCAUCUCAAUCACAAUCAUCAUCAUCUUUAUUGUCCACUUCGAAUUCAAUAACAACACCAGCGACAACGAUAACAUCUCAAUCAAUAUCCAUACAACAACAGCCUUCAUAUCCACAAACUUCAAUGCCGCCUAUACAGCCACCACCGCCACCAAUAUCUGCAAAUUCGGCUAUGUUAUAUCCACCACCGCCAUCAUCAUCAUCAUCAAUGGCAGGUGGUAUUCCUCAACCUCCUCCUCCUCCACCGAUUCCUUAUCAAAUGCCGGUUCCACCACCACCUCCUCCCCCAAUGCCACCAACAUCACAAUAUCUACCACCACCACCACCAUUACCUGCACCAACAUCACAAAAUUUUCAUCGAACUGCAUAUUGACAAAAAAAA